CUGGACUAAGGUGUAUCACAGGACGCCGUUUGAGCAUGAGCAGAAAUGGCUGACAAUUCGGACUCCCGGGAGUCGGAUAACAACAGCUGGGUGAUUGCUGGUUCUGAGGCUCUACCUGUAGAAGAUCUUGGUUUGGAAGUUUCCGAAGAGGCUGAUCUGGCAAAGGACGGCACCCAGGCCUCCGUUGGUGAGAGCGAAUUCCCAGCUGAGUGUCCCGAUCCGGAAGAAGCCAAAUCAAAGGGUCCCGAGGUGACUUUGGAGUGUAGCUCGGAAGAGAUCCCCAGCGUUGCCCCAGGCAAGACCCCUGAGCCCACUUCAUCAUCUCAGCAUGCAAAGGAGCUGGGCGGCCAUGUUGCCGAGCCAGGAUCUACGCCUGCCCCACAGGACACCCUCCUGAUCCACAAUGCAGGGUCUCUGAGGGAAGAAGCAAAUACAACCAGCAGUGAAGAGUCAGUGGCCAAGGAGCUGGAUGUGGAAGGCUUACGCCGACGGAAAGGCCGCGACCCGCACCUCGUUGGGCCGGGGGCUUCCCGAGAUCGCAGCGGGGACAGCGAAGAUGGCGAGCUCCUUCAGAGGAAAUGGCUGUUUGGAUUUCUGGCUCUUAUGGGUUUAGGCUUGCUGGUUGCUUUGGGCGUGAUCUUCGACACGGAUGAGGGUCCUGUGGACACCUUGAGCACCCGGCUGAGCCCAGACAAUGGAGAAGCCCAUCCAGGCACUGACGGGAGGUCGGGGGACUUGCAAUGCCAAGCGCCAUUCCUGGCUGAGUGUUCGGGCUGCUUCCAGUUCCGUUCAUUCCUCGCAGCCCGAUCCACCUUCUUGGAAGCGUCUCGGGAGCUGACAGACUGGGAGAGCAACAGGUUUGUGGGUUUUGUCGCCCGGCAGGAGCAGCCGGCUUUGCCCUCGCUGGAGUCCCUUGACAACGCCAAACGUCCGCAUGCUAAGGCAGCCCUGCUGUUAUCAGAGCCCCACAGCGACCCCCAGAGCCUGGACGCCAUGGGUCUCUUGCUGGACAAGCUGGCCAAGGAGAACCAGGACAUCCGGCUCAUGCAAGCUGAACUGCAGGCCCAGAAGGAGGAGUUGCAAAAGCUGCUGCAGAAGACGGAAGGCGAGGCGCUGGAGUUCACCACCCAGCAGCAGAGUUUGGCCGCAGAGAACUCCCGGCUCACGGAGGCGCUGCAGCGGGAGACGUCCUCCCUCCUAGCCGCGCAGGCCGAACUCCGCGAUCUCCAGGAGAAGCUGCAGGGCCCAGGCAACGGCAGACCCCAGCCACGCCCGGAAGAGGGACCUGCACCAGACCGCCACCGUCACAAGCCGGAGCGCCAGGAAGCCGAAAUCCGGCGGCUGCGCUCCUUGCUGACAUCGGUCCAGCGCGACUUAGCGAGAGCCUUCCAGAAAGUUCCACCCGGCGAGGGGGCCGAGGGGCUCCGGACAGAGCUGAGCGGUGUGGAGCAGAGGUUGGCCCGGGCGCUGGAGGGAGUGGAGGGUGCGAAGCCUUCAUGGAGAGAGAGCUCCAAAGCCAGGCGGGGCAAGGAAAGAGCCUGGCGCAGGAGGCCCGAGGGCCCGGAGGAGCAUGGGCCCGGUCACCCUGACGACGGCUCCGGCAGGGAACACAAAGACCACCACCCUGUCCACAAGGCCUCGAAGGCGGCAAGCGACGGCCCUCACCGUCCCCGGAAACAUCAGGGCACCAAGACCACCAAGAACGGGGAGCACCAGCGGGUUGGCCGGAAGGCCAAGAAGCCCGCCGAGCCCAGUGCGUUGUGGGAAAUGCUGGCCAAGCACCAGUACCGGGUUCCACAGGGCUGCGCCGGUGUUGCUGAGUGUGCCCGUCAGGAGGGGCUGGCGCCGGUGCAGAAGCCCACCUUUCUGCUGCUGCUGCAGAGCUACCUGGCUGGGCUGGGCUGGGCCGAACACUACGGAGGCCUGGUGGCGGCGCUGGACGGCUUCUUUGGGAGCGACGGGGCUUUUGCCCACGACCGCCUCAGCUUUGUGGACUUUCUGGAUGAGGUGGAGGACGCGCUGGAAGAGCUGGCCCAACACCUGGGGGGCAGCGAAGAAGAAGCAGAUAACUUUGAAGAGGUGGUGUUGAGGCAGCUUGGGGCGACCCCCGGGGGCAGAUUUGCACAUCGAGGCAGCGGUCAGCAACACCCCAAGGAACGGAGCCGCGAGGGACACGGUCACAAGAACGGCAAGGAGGGCCUCAGCCGGGCCCACGGCUAGAAUUGCGGACCAGCCAGUACUAAUUUGGAUUGGGCCGGAGAGAGAAAGCAAGUGGACCUCUGAUGUAUGGAGGGAGGGAGGGGCAUCGCUCCAAUGUUGAAUUUUGGCACGGAAGGCAGCAGUUACCAACCCAAGGCUCCUUGCCAAGGUCUUGUGUGUGUGUGUUCACCUGGAUACCUUCUCCCUGUCCGUCCCCACCUGCCUGUGUCCACUCCAAACCUUAAAGGGUGUCGUCAGUAGCAGCCAUUUUAGCAACAGGGUGCUUUGCAGCCACAACGCCAGCGAAGCACAGUCUUUCCACCCAGCACUGCGCCCCCCCCUUCUUUGCCAGUCUGCACUGGAUCAAAAGUUCGCUGGAGACACCCGCAAAUUUCUCUGGUUCCCAUGCAGCACCUCGCCCCUAACGGCUUCUCUUCACACAGGCUGAAAUACACCCAGUCCAGGCCGUCUUGGCUCACCUUCCUUUCAUCUGGGGGUAAACAGCUGUGUCAAACGCGACGCCGUUGGAGCCCUGAAGUUAGAAAU